GGGCGGGCAGCGGCAGUGCGCAGAGCGGUAUCGCGCGAGGGCCGGGCCCCGCCGGGGACGCAGAGUGCCAGCAUGGCUCUGGAUUUCCUUGCUGGAUGCGUCGGAGGUGCUGCAGGAGUACUGGUAGGACACCCGUUUGACACUGUUAAGGUUCGUCUGCAAGUUCAAAAUGUAGAGAAACCUCUCUACCGUGGGACUUUCCAUUGCUUUCAAUCCAUCAUAAAACAAGAAUCUGCUUUUGGACUCUAUAAAGGUAUUGGGUCACCAAUGAUGGGACUAACCUUCAUUAACGCGCUUGUGUUUGGUGUACAAGGAAACACACUUCGUGCUCUUGGAAAAGACACUCCUCUAAACCAGUUCCUUGCAGGGUCAGCAGCAGGGGCUAUCCAGUGUAUCAUCUGCUGUCCCAUGGAGUUGGCAAAGACAAGAAUGCAGCUUCAAGGAACAGGUGAAUAUAAACUAAAAACAAAGAACUACAAAAAUUCUCUGGAUUGUUUGAUCAAAAUCUAUCAAAAGGAAGGGCUAAGGGGUAUCAACAGGGGCAUGGUCUCCACAUUCAUAAGAGAGACUCCAAGCUUUGGCUUUUACUUCCUGACCUAUGACUUAAUGACCAGGUAUUUAGGCUGUGAAGCUGAAGACAGUUAUGUUAUUCCAAAACUGCUGUUUUCUGGAGGGAUAUCAGGAAUAGUAUCCUGGCUCUCAACCUAUCCCAUGGAUGUGAUCAAAUCCCGACUUCAGGCUGAUGGAGUUGGAGGCGUUACACAAUACAAUGGCAUUUUAGACUGUGUCAGAAAGAGUUACCACGAAGAAGGCUGGAGGGUGUUCACAAGAGGUCUUACUUCCACACUUCUCCGUGCUUUUCCUGUCAAUGCAGCUACCUUUGCUACCGUCACUGUGUUCCUAAUGUAUAUGAGGUCAGAAGACAAUCUUCAUGAAUGUGAACCAGGUCCAGUAAUACAGCAGCCUUCUAGUUUGUGAACCUUAUCUGUUUGUUCUCCUGAUCCAAAGCCUGGCUGCUUGGGAUUUUUGAGUUUUAACAUGAUCCGCACAAGUGGUGUGAACAUAUACUAUCUGUAUAAAGAAUUCUUAAGUGUCAAGUUAGGAUUUCAUCUCAUUACUUGUAUAAAAUGCAUACUGCCUUAUUACGGACUUCAUAUCUAGUAGUAUGCAAGUAAGAUGGGAACCUGCUGCCUUAUUAAGGACUUUGUAUCUAGUAGUAUGCAAGUAAUAUGGGAACCUGUCUUUAGAAAGUCCUGCAACAGUCACUGUUGCAGCUCCAGAUUUGGGUCUGAAGAAUGCUGUAGUACCAGAAAUCAGGUUUUCUUCCACUCAUGUUCUGAAUGAGUUGAAUGUGGAAAUGUUUUCAGAAAAUAAAUGCUGGUUUUGUAUGUGACAGGAAUAAGUAUAGUCCUCUAAGAUGAAGUGUGGGGAGAAAUGAAAUGUUGGAGGCAUUUUGCAGGUAACCCUGGACUGUUUAAGACAUAAACUAGCAUUCAGCUAGCCAUGUGUUUUACUUUUCUUCUGCCUUUAUAUGUCAGUAUUUUAGUAGCAACUUUGUUCAUACUGGUUUGCUGAAAAAAAAAAAACAAAAAACCCAAACCCAAAAACCCACCAAAAAGUUAUUUGUUCCUAAGCCACUCCCUUACCUUUCAGCUUUUAAUAAGUAUCUUAAGCACAAAGUUAUCAUCUGCAAUCAUAUGCACUUGUUCCUUUAACUCUCAAGACUUGUAAAGGUUUAGGGAAACUCAAAUCUAGCAACACUGAUGCUAUUUGCCUUCACCUCUAUUUCUUGUUUGGCAGUGCACAGAUUCCAUUGACACAGAUUCAGCACAAGUAGACUUUGUUCUCCAAAGUUAAUGCAACUUUGCCCUCCUUCUCCCAAUAUGCCCCAUAGCAGCCAGUGAUGUACAGAAAUCGAAGUCCUACCUGUGGUAUUGCACAAACGUUUGUGGGUGCAAUGCUAGCUUAGCAGCUUGAUGUACAGCAGAAAUAUGUACAUGUUUAGAACUGGAGGUUUUAUACCUUCCCAGAAAACAGGGGUGCAAGCACCCGAAAUUGUUGAUGUUCAAUACACUUGUAUUAUGAAUUUAAACAACGCCGAUUUUUAUGUAUUUAGUUACAGUGCUACUGGAUAGAAGCCUGAAUAGAAUUUGGAGAAUUUUCUUGUUACAUUAACCUGCUGUGAUUUCUUUUUCUUUAGCAGUCUGCUCAAGAGGGACUGAAUUAGUUCAAAGAUCUAUAAACAGUUAAAGAUUUAAACUACACAUAUUUAGCACAAAUAGUCAGGAGGAAGGAGUGCAUGUGUGUGAGGAAUAUUCUGAAACAUAAACUAGUUCAGUAAAUAUAAUUUGUUACCCUUUUGGUUGGGACAAGUGCAAUAUGUGUUUAAUUUAUGUGAAUUUUUCUGAAGAAACCUUAUUUCAUAGCAUUUUGCACUGUAACAAAAUAUGCUGGAGAAACCUGUAAAACUGGUAUGUCUUUUUAUACCUUGGAGGUAUGUUGGAUGUUUUAGUGCCUACUUGCACUGAGAUUCAAAUUGAAUGUUAAAUCUCUCUACUAAGCUGCAUAUGCACAACAACUCACAACAAAGACCAUUUACACCUUUGUACUGUAAUUACUGUAUAUAAAAUCGAGGGAAUAAAUUUUUAAAAAAAUUUGA